GCUGCUGGGAGCUGGUAAUGUCUCUCUCCUCUCAGUGUGCAGUUGGUAUUUUUGAGCCGAACACAGUCACCCAGGUCUCUGGGUUCUCUCCUCUAAGCCAGCUGGUCUGGCUUUAUACCUUCUUCUAGUCUUCUUGUACUGUUCUUUUACUCCUUUGUUCCAUUUCAUCCCUUCUUUUCUGAGCUAAAGGAUAGAGUGAUCUGACCCUCAGCUGGAGCUGUAGGGAACCUUCCUGGGGAAGAUAAUACAAGCAGCACUGGUGCUCUGUAAACCUAUGGACCUGAGGCCCUUAGAGACCACCCCGAUGGAACACUCAGACACAGACUGACUGACACAGAUGAGAAAGAGAUUGAGAUAAAGCCAGAAGGAGAGAGAAAAGCGAAAAACUGAAAUGCAUGCAGGAGGAUCUGGGGCUGAAGCUUUGACAGAACAGAAGGAAGUGCAAGUAAUUGACUGGAGCGAAUGCCAGAGGACGUGAGAGGAGACAAAUAAAGAGAAGAGCUGUGAGGAUUUAGACAAGAGAAGAAUAACAGGACUUUUUGGGAUAGGAGAGAAAGAGAAGGAGAGACGAUGGGGAGAAAAAAGAUCCAGAUAGCACGGAUUAUGGAUGAACGCAACAGACAGGUGACGUUCACCAAGCGGAAGUUUGGCCUGAUGAAGAAGGCGUAUGAGCUGAGCGUGCUGUGCGACUGUGAGAUCGCCCUCAUCAUCUUCAACAGCACCAACAAGCUGUUCCAGUACGCCAGCACUGACAUGGACAAGGUCCUGCUCAAAUACACAGAGUACAAUGAACCACACGAGAGCAGGACUAACUCUGACAUCGUGGAGACUCUGCGAAAGAAGGGUCUAAAUGGCUUUGACAGUCCCGACAUCGAGGCAGACGACUCUGCUGGUCAGAGCCCUGAGUCAGAGGACAAAUACCGCAAGAUCAACGACGACAUCGACCUCAUGAUCAGCAGACAGAGACUCUGUCAGGCUCUCCCCCCCUCUAACUAUGACAUGAUUGGCUCCAUCCAGGGCCAAAAUAACAGCGGACUACUCUACUCUCAACCUGGGGCGGGGGGGUCCUUAGGAAACCACAAUCUGCUGCCCCUCUCACACACACACACUGGCCUGCAGAGGAACAGCAUGUCGCCUGGACUCCAACACACACACCGACCCCUCAGCGCUGGAAAUGCAGGAGGGAUGAUGGGUUCAGAGCUGUCUAACACGGUCUCUAACGCUGGUAAUGGUAGCUAUGGUAACCACCGCAACUCUCCGGGGCUUCUGUCUCCUGGAUGCGUGGCCAAAGGCAUGCAGGCCAAGACUCCACCCCAGAUGGCCUCCAUGACCCUGAGUGGUAACCGCAAGCCAGACCUCCGUACGCUGCUGCCCCCUGGCAACAAAAACAACGUGCCCUCCGUUAACCAGAGAAUAAACCACUCCCAGUCAGCCCAGUCUUUGGCUACUCCUGUGGUCUCCAUAACAACACCUACUCUGCCCGGGCAGGUUAUAGGAGGGUACCCCUCUGCCCUCUCCACCUCCUAUGGCACAGAGUACUCUCUGGGUGACCUGAGCUCUCUGUCAGGGUUUGGAGGGAACGGCUCUGGAUCACUUCACCUGGGAUCAGUAACAGGCUGGCAGCAACAACAGCUACAGAACAUGCAGCACUCAGCACUAGGACACAUGGGAAACCUUUGUCAGAACUCCAACCUCAACCUCCAGAAUGCCCAUCAGAACCUUCACAUCAAGUCAGAGCCCGCCUCCCCGCCCAGAGAUCGAGGCAUCGGAUUUGUCAGCGGAGGGAUGGGGGCCGUGUCCCAGGGCUACCCAACAAAUCUGGGCCCAGCAGAAGCAGGGCGGUCUCCUGGCAACAGCCUAUCCAGCUGUGGGAGCUCAUACGACGGCAGCGACCGCGAGGAUCACCGCGGAAAUGACAACUUCCUGCUGCGCCCGAUGUCCAAUCAGGAGGAGCGCCAUAGCCCGUCCGUCAAACGCAUGCGCCUAUCAGAAGGCUGGGCUACAUGAUAAGGCCCGCCCCUGAUUCACAGAGGGGGAGGGGCUUGUGUAGAGUUACCUUUAGUGUUACUAUGACUAUUAUUAAUCCAGUGUCCAAAAUGGUACCCUAUUCCCUACAUAGUGCUCUUGCCAAAAGUAGUGCACUUUAUAGGGAAUAUGGUGUGAUUUCAGAUUUGGCCUAUAUUCUUCUUGUGCAGAGUGAGAGUGUUCCACUAUAACAGGGACAUUAUAUACAGGAGUGUGUGGGGGGGUUAUAACAGUGACAUAGACUGUGUCUGAAAUGGCACCCUAUUUCCCAUGUAGUGCACUACCUUUGGCCAAAAGUAGUGCACUACAUGGGAAAUAGGGAGUUACUUGAGACAGCAGUGACAUACAGGAGUGAGGGUUGAUAUGGUGUGGGGGAGUCAGUGUUGGAGGGUGGGUGCAGCGUUGCUUGUGUUGUGUGUUUGUGAGGGAGGGAAUACCUAAAUUAAUAUGUACACUAUGUAAACUAACUAAGAAAGGUUGAAGAUGUCUGGUACUCUGUAUGGCCAAGCUACUGGUGAGUUCAGUAAUGUACUAGGAGACACAAGGACAGGCACUGAGGAGUGGACACGUCAUGGUGUGUUUGUGUGUGUGUACGUGUGUGUAUGUGUGUGUGUGUGUAUGAAUGAGUGUCUACAUGUGUGAAUGUGUGCACACUGGUGUGUGUGUGUGUGUGUGUGUACUAUGUACUACCUAGGCCUAGUCUGCAGAUGGCUGACUAGCAGACAGAUAGUGUGAGUGUUCACUACAACUCAUGCAUGUUGCAGGUUCAACGUAUUAAUGUAUAUAACGAGGGAGGAUAGGUAGAGAAAGAGAGAGAACGAGAAAGGGACAGACUGAUAGAGGAAGGAAGAAAGAGAGAGAUGGAGGGA